AUGGCGGAAACGCUCGCAACGGACUCGUCGCUUCCUGAGCCAACCUUCAUCUUCCAUCCACUAAGCGCCCCGCUUAUGACGACCAAUGUCUCUCCGAGUCCGAGUCUGGGGUAUCGACCCGGGAACAAGGAUUUCAUGUUUGUCGAGUUCCAGCUGGGCAGUCGAGAAAAGGCAUUCAUUGUCCGGAAUUUUCACCAGAGGAGGAAGCAGGCUUCCAUCGAUCGGCUAAACGUUCGACCUCUGUCAAGGACGCGCAUCUCAUCGCAGGAUGAACAAGCAGCUGCCGGAUACGCAAAUGCCAGAAACCGGAGGCUUAUCCAAACGAGCUGCGAGAGACGCUCGUUGUCAACCUACCCCAGCCACAGCAGGUACGGGGAUCCCUUCUCCCCAUACGUGAAGCCCAUCGCGGCGAGGUUGAAUAUGUACUUGCAUCACUUCGGCGACCACGUUAUUUUCGCCUCAUACCCUUUCCACGCCCCCGAGAUGCAACUCUGGUGGAUGCAACACGCAGUCGCGUCACCGGCCAUGCUGCAGACAUGUGCGUUCAGGGCAGCCGAGCACAGGGCGAUCCUGCAAUCCAGCCAGGGGGUCUCGGCCCAGGUCGUUGAACGGUCGAACAGGGACUCUAUAGGGUUUCGGAUCAUGGCGCUCAAGACGCUCAAUACGCUCUUGCGGGACCCGGCGGCAGCGGCCACUCAGUCGACGGUGCUUCUUAUCAGUUCGCUUGUGGCGAAUGAGGCUUUUGGUGCGAAUUCCGAGGCGCUGCAGACUCAUCUCGAGGGUCUGCUGACGCUUAUAUCCUUGCUGGGGGGGCUGGAUGCACUCGAUCAUAUGCUACUUUCCACAGUCUAUCAGUAUGAACAGAGCUAUUUCUACCAAUGA